CCUCAUUGUUCAAGGCCCGGCGGCUGCAGAGUUAGAAAAGGAACAUUCUUCCGCCGAUCUGCGCAGGCGCUGCCAAGGGCCGUGUCCCUGAGGUCACGCUUGCGAGACACGCCCCCUCCUGAAAGGAAUGACAUCAGGUUAGAGCCCCCGGAACGGGUCUGGACGUCCCCAAUUUCUGGCGCUCUAGCCUCCUCGGCCUCCGUCCCCGGACCACAGGGGCGGGGCUUCUCAGCGGCUGACCGGCUGCUACGGACUGCGCUCUUCCGUGUGACCUCGCUGUUUGUUCGCUAUGCCUCCGCCACGGGGUGAUGUGACCGUCUUGUUCCUGGGGCCUCCGGGCUCGGGAAAGUCUGCGCUGAUUGCAGCGCUGUGCGACAAGGAUGUGGAGAUUCUAGAGAUCCCCGACAAGCGUCCGGAUUCCGGGCUCCCCAGCCUUCGAGCUGCGGGCCCAGGCCUCUUCCUGGGUGAGCUGAGCUGCCCACCCGCAGCGCCGGGGCCCUGGGCGGCGGAAGCCAACGUGCUGGUACUGGUGCUGCUCGGCCCCGAGGGGAAUGGGGAGCCCUUGGCCCCAGCGCUGGGGGAGGCAGCACGGGCCGCCCUGGCCCGAGGGACGCCGCUGCUGGCUGUUAGGAAUCUUGGCCCUGGGGAGUCACAGAAUGAAGCCCAGGCCCGGGAUCAGACAGCGGCCCUGCUGGACAGCGCCGGUUUGGGCGCCGUGGCUCUCUUCGUGCUACCGACCGACUGCCGCAGCAGCGAGGGCUCCGAGGAACUGGAGCGUCUGCGGACGGCGCUGCGGAGCCAGGCGGAGGCGCUGCAGAGGCUCCUACCACCGGCUCAGGAUGGCUUCGAGGUGCUGGGCGCAGCAGAGUUGGAGGCUGUACGUGAGGCCUUCGAGACUGGUGGCCUGGAGGCGGCGCUGUCAUGGGUUCGAGCCGGCCUGGAGCGACUGGGCAGCGCACGCCUGGACCUGGUGGUGGCUGGUAGGGCUGACGUGGGCCUUGUGCUGAACAUGCUUCUUGGGUUAGAUCCUGAUGACCCAGGUGCAGUGCCUGCCUCAGUGCCUGAGAGUCCCACUUCCUAUCCGGCGCCAGAGCGCCCCAAUGUGGUGCUCUGGACCGUGCCUCUGGACUCCACAGGCACUGCUGCCGUCCCACACCCGACCCACUACGACGCUGUCAUUCUCGUCACCCCUGGGGCCCCCACCGAGAAGGACUGGGCCCAGGUCCGGCCCUUGGUGCUACCGGAUACACCGCUGGUCUGCGUGCGAACAGACGGCAAGGGCGAGGAUCCAGAGUCUCUGGGAGAGGAGGAAAAGACGGAGAAGCCCCGCGGCGAGAGCUUAGAGAACGCAGGUGGAGGAGGGGGUGAGAAUGCACGCAGUGAGGGGAGGGAGACCCCUGGCACUGGGUCGCAGAAAGCAGGCGGUGGGGAAGGUUCCAGCAGCGAAAGUUUGCAGCCGAUUGCCGUGGGCGCAACGAAAGCGGGCAGCGGGGACUCUGAGCGCACAGCGGCGGUGAGCCCAGAGGACGAGGCGUGGGAGGUCCUGGAGGAGGCGCCCCCGCCGGUGUUCCAGCUGCGGCCGGGCGGGCUCCCCGGGCUGUGCGAGUGGCUGCGGCGCGCUCUCCCCCCGGCCCAGGCGGGGGCUCUGCUGCUGGCGUUGCCCCCGGCAUCUCCCCAGGCGGCGCGAACCAAGGCUGCGGCGCUGCGGGCAGGGGCGUGGAGGCCGGCCCUGCUGGCUAGCCUGGCGGCGGCGGCAGCCCCAGUGCCAGGACUGGGCUGGGCGUGCGACGUGGCACUCCUGCGCGGUCAGCUGGCAGAGUGGCGGCGAGCGCUGGGGCUCGAACCCGCGGCGCUGGCACGUCGGGAGCGAGCCCUGGGCCUGGCGCCCGGGGAGCUGUCCGAGCGGACGCGCUUCCCCGGUCCCGUGACUCGCGCCGAAGUGGAGGCUAGGCUGGGUUCGUGGGCGGGCGAGGGCACCGCCGGGGGUGCGGCGCUGGGCGCGCUCUCCUUCCUGUGGCCUGCGGGUGGCGCGGCGGCCACUGGCGGCCUGGGCUACCGCGCGGCGCAUGGCGUCUUGCUGCAGGCGCUGGACGAGAUGCUGGCCGACGCCGAGGCAGUGCUGGCACCGCAUGUGCCUGCGCAGUGAGCGCUGAGUUGAGGGCCAGGGCUUCCCGGGUGCCCUGUGUGCAGGCCACUCGGCUCUGUCAGGGGCUGAACACUCAAAUCCGGGUUAGAGGGAGAGGGCAUGGGGGUUCGGACUCUAGCAUGGGACGUCUGGGCCUGCGAGAUAACUCAGAAUCCUGGGUGCUUGAACGGGAGGAGGGCUCUGACUUCUGGUGGGAGGUGUGACUUCCUGGGUCCUGAAGGGGAAUAGAGUUUGGGGGGUAGGACUCCUGAUUUCUCUGGGGACCAGAGGCUGUGAUCCUUAGGCUCCUGAACUCCUAAAGGGAGUUGAGGGCUUGGACUCCUAGAAAGGGGUAUAUCUGGUCUCCAAAAAGUAGAAACCCGCCAGAGGGAGUGGAAGCUCUGAUUCCUGAUGAAGGGGGUCUCCAUCACCCUAGGAGUCUGGCAUGGAGGAGGGGGCCUGGGUUCCCCAGGGACCUGGGAACCUUGGACUUCUGAGCCACAGGGGGGUGUAAGGUCUGGGUGUCCCGGGGUAGGGGUAGGCUGCCUGCAGAGAGGGCCUUAAAGCUUCCCUGGGGGGGAGGAAGGUCUCCUGAUUCUCAAGAGGGCUGUGGAUGUUGGUUCCUAUUUCAUGGGUGGUGGAGGGUCUCCAUCUAAAAGAGGCGCUGGGGGCUGUGUGAGAGAGCUGGGGACCUUUUGGUCCCUCUUGGGGAAGGUAAGAGUAUCUAAUACUUGCUCCCCCAGGGCCUGGUGACCCAGAUGUCUUUCCCAGCUGUCUUGGGAAGAACGGUAGCACAAAAAUGAGAGGAGGCAAGAGGGCUGGGCAUGGUGGGCUCUGUGUGUAGCCAGAGACCAGGAAUGAGGCUUUCUGGGUGUGGAAGGGCAGAACCUGGGGCAUCUCCCACAAAUCCCUAUUGGAUUUGGAUCCUGGCAACUGCCUCUCUCUGAGUCGGUUUGGAAAGGGCUAUGACUGUCCCCCAUUUUAUAAGUGCUGAGCGAUUAUGGGGCUGUUCCUCCACCCUCUCUCCUUUAGAGGUUUUCAUCAUUUUUUAGUCUUGGUUUCUUCUGUCAUUAACUUGAAUCCUUUCUGGCCUUGGUAUUUUGUACAGCAGCUGCCUUUUGGGAAAAGCAGCUGUACAGCUGCAAUGACACAAACUUAUGUGUUGGCCACUUUGGAUAUUUCCAGAGGGGACACAGAGUAUGCUGCAGUGAGCACGGGACCCACAGAACAGCUGGGCAGGGGUUCCAGACCAUGGGCAUGUGCCACAGUGAGGCAAAGGCAGAAGCCACAGGUCACAGAACCCUUCAGUGUCAAAAACAGAAAGGGCCUCCAGUAGAAUCUCUGUUAUGUUAGAUGGGGAAAGCAGCACUCAGAGAGGGCAGGCUCUGGGUCCAGCAGCACACAGCGAGGCCCCUGCCUGUUCCCAUUCCCUGCUCCAUCCCAUCCCCCAACCAACCUGAUCUCCUGUCUGCUGCUUGAGUGGGCCACCCGGGCUCCUGCCGCAGGACCUUUGCACUUUUGGUUAUUUCUGCCUAGAAUGCUCUACUCCCACAUCUACCCCUGAUUGGUUCCUUCUUGUCAAUCUGGUCUCAGCUCAAAUGUCCCCUCAGAAAGGCCCUCCCCAACUGCUGUAACUGAAGUAGCCCCCACCCCCACCCCUAUUAUUCAUCUUGGCUGGUUAUUUUCCCUUGUAAUCAUGAAAAUCAUGUAAUCCCUUGUAAUAGAGAAUUACUUUAUUUAUUUAUUUAUUUAUUUAUUUACCUGUUUAUUGGCUCUUAUCUCCAAGUCUUGGUCCCUGCUGUACCCCCAGCACCUAGAAUAGUGCUUGACACACAGAAGGUGCUUAGUAAAUAUUUGACUGAGUUCGUUCAUCAGUGGCAGAACUAGAGUUGGAAUUUAGGUUGUCGGCCUCUUGCCUCAAGGCAGGGAAAAGGAGUGAGAUGGGGGAGAAACAAGCAUCUCCUGGAAGAGGAAGCCCCUGUCUGAGGUCAGGGGACCUGGGAAGGAAGCAUGGCUUUGCCACUGUCACUCUGGGUGACUUGGGCCAGUGCCUUAUUUUCCCACCUGAGAAAUGAACGGGCUGGAUGAAAACCAUACAUUCUUCCAAGAUCCUACUCAAAGUUACCCUUCGAGUGUAAUUGCUCUGAGGGGCAGGUACUUGAGGGAUGUGGCCGUCUUGACCUUGACCUCCCACCACUGACACAAGGGUGAGAAGGCAAAGACUCUAAUACUGAAUGGCUCCUGGCAUUGUCCUCAAGGCUCUUUCGACCUUGGGAGACUGUUGCUCAUCCAUGUCAGUGAUACCCAGAGUAACACUGUCCCCCUCAGUCCAGAGAUCAAGCCUGCCUGCCGUGUGCAGGAGUGGGAGAGGUGCCGAGCAGCGCUGUCCGGUAGAAAGAGAAUGUGAGCCAACAUGUAAUUUCACAUUUUCUAGUAGCCACGUUAAAAAAGGAAAAGGAAACAGGAAACGAAUUCUAAUAUGUUUUACCCCAAUAUAGCCAAAAUAUUGGAGUUCUCUGGAGGCUCAGCAGGUUAAGGAUUCUGCAUCAUCACUGCUGUGGCUCUGGUCGCUGCUGUGUUGCAGGUUUGAUCUCUGGCUCAUGAUGCAGCCAAAAAAAAAAAAAGAAAAAAUAGACAAAAUAUUAUUAUUUCAACAUGUAAUCAAUGUAGAAAGUAAGAAAAAAUAUUCCGCCUUCUUUUUAUUGCUAAAUCUUUGUAAUUGGUGUGUAUUUCUCACAGCCCAUCUCAAUUCAAAUGAUACAUUUUCAUCAGAAAUACUUGACCUCUGUUUAGAUUUCAUAAAAUUCGUAUUUGGGGAAGUCGAUUCAUAUAACCCAAGUCACCCCAAUUCUAUUGAAUAGUUUUUCAACAACUGACAUGAGUAUCAGUUUUUAACCUAAUUGGAUGUGAGUCAAGUGUAAACUUCAGUUUCCCAGUUGGACCAGCCGCAUGGGGCGCGUGGCUGCAGAAGUGGACGGCACAGCCCUUGCACGUCUCCACCGUCGCAGGGAGUUCCGUGCACAGUGCUAGGGUCACACAGCCCUUUUACCGACCAUGGAGGUGACCUAGGACAGUCACUCCUCAGCAAGUGGCAUCUACCUCACAGGGUCACUGAGAAUUGAGUGUAUGUACAUUUAUACGUGCAUUCCUCCUCACACGCAUCAGUGUAACCGCAGCCUCUCCCGGAAGCUGGCAUAUUGGGAGCACGAACUUUAGUCUUACUGCCCUUGCCCACAGCCCCUCAGCCCGGGCAACACAAAGAUGACUCAUCGUCGGAGCCCAUGUCUCAGCGCUAUGCCUUUGCUCAGAGUGCCCUCCCCUCUUUCUGCCACUUUGACACCCCCUCUCACUGGGUCCUGUCUGGCAUCUCUGCUCUACACUCCUCUGGGUCACACUCCCUCUGCCCUCCUUCCUGCCAAAGGGAAUCAUGCCUGAGAUCACAUCUGAGAAAGCGAGACCCAGUUUUGUUUUCAUGUGUCACUGUCCCUUGUAGACUGUGCACAUCAUGUUCAUAAAGUUGUCGGUCGGCACUUUUGGGUGUCACCACUGUCUUUUGGAGGGGUUGCCUUUUAAAUCAUGCCUUUCGAAGGGUUGAACUUCAGGCUCUGCCGAGGCAGCAAGUCGCUGGUGAGGCAUCUGUCUCUGGGAGCAUCCAAGCAGAAAAGACUUAGGGAUGGAUGGAUGGCUACCAUCACAGUGUGUCUACCUGGCACCUUCGGGCUGGAAGAUCUUCGAAGGCAGAAAUUCAAGAAAAUGUAUUAUGAAUCUUGGCAUUGCCAUUGCCAGAAGCAGAAUAAGUGCAAAAGACUUGUCACUUCAUUGAAGUUUCAUGCUUGUCUGGACAAUGAUGGAGAGACGUGUGUCCACUGGGGUGGGGAACCGUGAGGGCAGGUGAGUUGAGGGUGGGUUGGCCUGUGGUGCUUUCUGGACGGGUGAAUAAAAAGGAGUAGAAACUC